CCCCUACACACAAUCACAUACCAUGUUCAAAAGACCCCUGAUUAUAUUAUAUCCCUACGCAAGCCGUUCUUUCGGGGUCAUUGUCUUGUCUGCCUCAUAUGCCACCUAAAACUACCUAUUCCAGUACUACGUAUACGACUAUACGGCCCUUUUACUCCAUCUCCACACUCCUACAAAUCCCCUAUUCUUCCCAAGUCUCAAACUAUCUCAGUGGCACUGAGGAAACCCUGAGACAUUUGGGGCGAGGUUCCGAUUUCUGAUACCUUUUGUCACCCUAUCGCCGAAGUACCGAACCCCUACAGUACCAUCCCGCCGACCCUCUCAUUUUCAGCCUUCUCCAAAGCAACCUCGACAAGGCGGCUGAUGAAAUGACAUAAACACCAGGCUAACUCGUCGCCCCAUAGACGGGACUAUUCACUUCAUUUCGCAUCGCCUUAUUUCUUGCUUCUUUUUUAACGUUUAUGCCUUCUGGAUAUAUAUACAAUUCAUGGUUCCUGCUCUCUCGGUCAGUCCGUGAAUUGUCGCCACUCUGGAAUAGGAGACGCGCCAGCCUCCUCCGUCGCCUCCACAUGCUGCACAGUUCAGCUCGUGGCAAAGAAAAGACGUACGAUCAUCAUGGAAAUCCCUCGCUAUGCGUCGGCGCAUCGCUUGGCAUUUGCGCUGCCCGAAAUAUACAUACAGACCUCGAAUCCGUCCGAGAGGAAGGCCAUGACAAUUCGAUCAAGCCCUAACACCCUGGGAUCCUCUCCACCCUCCUCUGCCAGCCCUAUGUCGAUACCGAACGCGCGGGGGGACGAUUUGCCGCCGCCACCGUUACCGCCACCGCGAUACGUCAAUCAUGAGCGAGAAGGCAGUGGGGCGAGGACAGUUGAUCCGGGUUGGGAAUGGAGCAAUUCCAGAGAAGAACAUGGCUGGGGGAAACCAUCUUCUGUAAAAUCGGGUUCGAGUCUAUACGGAAGCCUUUCGGGCUAUGGGAAUGGCAUCAUGGACUCUGUCGAAUAUCGUCGUGGGAGUUCUGCCUCUACCAUAAAGUCCAUAUCUGGAGUCGACUCAUACAAUAGCUCGUGCCCGAAGGUGGACGAGGGCUAUGCGAGCCUUUCUACAUGCGGAAGCAUAGGCUCUACCAAUUCAAGGCAUGAAUAUUCGAUACCUCGGAGACCUGGAUUCCAAAGUUCAGUACACGAGAAAUACCGGACCAAUACACAGACAUAUGACAAAUCCGUACUACAGAAGCUCAACUCGAGAAGGGGAGGUGAUAUUUCAACAUCCCCCCGAAGUUACGGAAGGGCGCCUUUCAGCAAAUCUUUCAACGACAGCGUGCCAUCGUCGCCGCUGGGCCAGAAGCAUGGGCUGUCUCACCAGAAGCCUUUAUCUCUGCCAGCAAUGAACCCAAAACUUAGUCCCUUGGAAAGUCCAAUUUCUAGGGGGGCGAGUGGAGGUUCAGCACCCAUUGCACCAAGUAUGCGUAAUGGGGGGCAAUAUGGCUACAGAUCACCGAGUGAACGGGACGAUACGGAGCAAUCUCCACGGCCGUAUAGCAGGCAAACGACCCACGAUUUUGACGACGCUUUCAGUACGGUUAGCUAUUCAUAUCAAGGCAGCCACUACACGGAUAACGAGUCCGACUUUCCCAUGGAGGAGACGGGUUUCCAGCGCCUUCAUAUCGACGACGGGAUGAGGCGAUCAGAUGGGCAACCACUGAGCGCAGCUGCUGGACAGAAGAGGAGGGCGUCAUCGCCUCCCGUUGAUGACGGGCCACCAGAUUUGUACAGGAGGAGGGAGCAAGCCUCCCGUGCCUCGCCAGCUCCGCGGAAUCAUUCCGACCACGGAUCUAUUUCUUCGUCUACCUCUGGACCUCGAAGCGCAUCAUUAAAUUCUGUUCCCUCGCUAGCUGCUAGCAGCAUGAGCACUGUUGAUUCUUACGGCCGACUUUCGCCUGGGGGUCGUUCUCCUGGCGCUAUUUCGCCUCUUGGAUAUUCUACUGAUACCUAUUACCCUGGCGCUGUUUCUCCCCGCACGAUGGAUGGGCAUGAUUCGCCCUUUUCCAUGUCUCUGGCUGCUACUAGUGCGCCUCUCGAGCACCCACGACACCCCCACAGGGCUAUCUCUGAUUCGAGGCCUAUUGUCUCUGCUCAUAAGUCUCUGGAUACCGUCAACCAGCCCAAAAAUGACAUCCUGAAGGUCCAGAGCGGAUAUGUGUGCGACUGCUGUCCCAAGAAGCCCAAAAAGUUCGACACGGAGGAAGCACUAGCUGCCCACGAGUCCGAGAAGCAGUACGAAUGCGCAUAUUGCAAGAACCGCUUCAAGAACAAAAACGAAGCCGAGCGCCACCAAAACUCCCUCCACCUCCGCCGCCACUCCUGGUCCUGCGCCGCGCUCGCGGGCUACGUAGACGCCUUCCACACCUCCCCCACCGCGCCCAACGACGCCGACACCUGCGGCUACUGCGGCGACGAGUUCGCGCGCAGCGGCCACGGGAUCCUGGGGAAUGGGCAGGAGGGCAAGGUGCCGACGGAGCGCGAUUGGGAGGCCAGGAUCCAGCAUCUGGUUGAUCUGCAUAAAUUCCGCGAGUGCAAUCAUACGAAGAAGUUCUUUCGCGCGGAUCACUUUAGGCAGCAUCUUAAGCAUAGUCAUGCGGGGACGAGCGGGAAGUGGACGAAUAUGCUGGAGAAUGCGUGUAUGAGGGAUGAGCCGCUGCCGGUGGCGAGGAUCAAUGAGGAGGAGGAAUAA